CUGGCAGCCACCGCUUAAGUAGCGGCAUCUCACCACAAGGAAGGACUAAGGCCGCGCCGCUGUGUACCCACCGAACCUCAAUUCUGCUUGCUCGGUACUUGAGACUGCUGGCUGCUCCAACUUGACUAUACCCUACGAAGUGGCUGAGCUUGUACAACUACGCACAAUGCAGGCGACACUCGACGCCAGUGCGCUUAAACAGAUUACCAGAGCACUCGCCUGCCUCUCGCGGUACGGCGACGAGCUCACAAUCUACGCGACGCCUGACACGCUCGCGCUCUCCUCGACGAGCCAGUCGCAGUCCGCGUUCUGCCGGUUCAAGUACCGCCGGCAGUUCUUCAGCAGGUACAGCCUCGCGCACGCGGAGCUCGCGCUGGACGCGGACGAGGUCGUGCCCGCGAUGGGGCAGCUCCAGACGAAGAACUUGCUGUCGAUAUUGAAGCACAAGACGGUGGAGAAGACGGUGGAGAAGUGUGAGUUGGUCAUUACGGAUGGGGACGCGCCCGCGCAGGAGGAGGAUGAGCAGGACUCGCUCGAGAGCAGGUUGACGGUACGAUUGCAUUGUAAACAUGGUGUAGUCAAGACGCAUAGGCUGCUGCUGCAAACCCCGAACUCUCUCCUCGCUCCAGCGAUACCCGAUGCGCAAUAUCACUCUCGCUUGACAAUCGGCGCACGCGCCGUACGAGACAUGAUAGAGCACUUCCCGCUGCAGAGGGGACCCAAGAGCGAUCCACAGCUCAUAUGGACGUUCAACGAGUACGAUGUGGAGAUUAGAGGCAUGGAGACGAUCAUGACGGGCAAGACCGGUCCACAGCUCGCAACAGAGCUCAUCAUCAGCGCAGAGGAGUUCGACAGAUACGAAGUCUUCGACACGCCGCUCACGCUCUCCUUCCACCUUCGCGAGUUCAACGCCACCGUCGGCUUCGCCGAAGCCUCCUCCCUCCCGCUCGCCAUCAGCUUCACCGAUCCCGCCUCGCCGGUGUUCAUCGACCUCUCGGGCGAUCUCUCUGAGUCGCUCUCCGUCAUCUCUACCAGCGGCCUCGGCGCGCACGGAGGUGAGCGUGGUGUCAGAGGCGAACUCGGAGCGGAGGCGGCCGAUCAAAGUCGUGCAGACGACGGAUCGGGCGUCCGUCGCGCGCGAUCGAUGCCCCCGCCGUCCAUGAUGCCCCCGCCGUCACUACCACCCCCACUAUCCUUCCGCCAUCAAGCACAAGCCCAGACUCGAUUACAGAGCCGACCCCCGACAGCGCGCCCGCCCACCGCCCGGCCCUCGAGCGCCUCCGCCGCCCGCGCCCGCGAGCCGCUCUUCCUGCCAAGCUCGCAGCCCACCGAGCUGGAGGCGGGCAUGCACGUCCCCGGGGCGCGGCGGGGCCAGGGCGCGGACGCGGAGCCGCUGUUCCUGCCGGGCACGCAGCUCUCGCAGGCGGCGGAGCAGGCGAUCCGGGACUCGGGCCUCGGGAUCGAGGGCAUGACCGCGCGCGAGUUCGCGGCGAUGCUCGAGGACGACGGGGAGGAGGUCGACUUUGGCCCGGGCGACGCGGACUGGGAGAUGGGCGCGCGCGUGCGGGAGGGGAGCUUGGAGAUCCACGACGAGAUCAUGGAGGUCGAGUUCGAGCCGACCCAGCUGGGCGGCGGGACGAAGGUGAGUUGGGUGUCGGUGUGCGGGUGGGUGUUCGUAAGGCCGAUUGACUGA